AUGUUGAGACAUCGAAAAUACUUGUAUGGCCCUGAUACGCAUCUUAUACCGGCUAAAUUAAAUUUAGGUGAUUUUUUUAUUCGACGACUAAGCGAACAUGGAAAUAAGAUUGCUAUGACGUUCAAAAUGUUGAGACAUCCAAAAUACGUGUAUGGCCCGGAUAUGCAUCUUAUACCGGCUAAAUUAAAUUUAGGUGAUUUGCUUAUUCGAAGACUAAGCGAACAUGGAAAUAAGAUUGCGAUGAUUAAUGGUGCUACAGAUGAGAGACUUACGUAUAACGAAAUAGUCCAAACAUCCAUGAACAUUGCCGUUUCGUUAAUUCGAAUCGGCGUGAAAAGGGGAGACGUUGUGGGGAUAUGUGCUGAGUCAAGAUUGGAAAACUGGUGCACUGUUAUUGGAAUAGCUUGCACUGCAGCUGUGAUGACGCCUUUUAAUAUCGGAUAUGUUAAGGAUGAACUAAAACACGUAAUGAACAUAUCGAAACCAAAGUUCCUCUUCUGUUCAAUGCAAGGUUAUAAGGCACAUGAGACCAUUUUGAAGAAUUUAGACUUUUUAAAACAUAUAAUAUUAUUUGGAGAUGAAAGGCUGGAUGGUGCCUUACUUUAUAAAGACCUAGCGACAGCAGUGCCGAAUUCGAUAAUAUCAAGGAAUGUGAAAUUUGAAGAGUUUCAAGGGGUCGAAGUGGAAGGGCAGACAGAUACAGCUUUUAUCAUGUAUUCAUCUGGUACGACUGGACUUCCAAAGGGUGUUGUGCUAAGCCACUUAAAUGUAAUAUCAGCAACCUCCUUGUAA